UUCUAAGCAUGGUUGUUUUGCUUGCUUUGUUCACAGAGUUACAGUAAACAUAAUUCAUGGUGUCAAAGGAUACCAUUCAAAGACAGUACGUUUUCUGAAUGUGGCUUUUGACAGUUCUGGAGAUUCUCUACUCGCUGGAGACCAGCAGGGGAAUAUAUAUGUUUUUGACUUGAAUGGAAACAGGUUCAGCCUUGUCCAGCGGACAAUGCAGGCUUGCACUGCUUUGGCAUUUAAUCUUCGCAGAAAGACAGAAUUCCUGGUGGCUUUGGCAGAUUAUUCCAUUAAGUGCUUUGAUACAGAAACCAAGGAGCUGGUUAGUUGGAUGAGGGGACAUGAUUCUUCGGUGUCUUCCAUCUCUGUCCAUGGCUCGGGCAGGUAUGCCAUCACUACAUCUGCUGAUACAGCACAACUGUGGGACUUGGACACCUUUCAGAGAAAAAGGAAGCUGAAUGUUCGUCAGUCUGUGGGUAUACAGAAGGUUUUUUUUCUUCCAUUGAGUAACACCAUCCUCAGCUGUUUCAAAGAUAAUUCUGUUUUUGCCUGGGAAUUUGAUACUCUUCACUGUAAAUACCAGUUGCCAACUCCUGUAGAAGGUUCUGUAUUACUUUAUAAGGUCUUUGCAGUUACCAGAGAUGGCCGGAUUUUUGUAGCUGGUGGAAAAUCAAAUCAUCUUCACUUAUGGUGUUUAGAAUCAAAGCAGUUGAUAAGAAUAAUCCAGAUGCCUGCAAAAGUACGAGCUGUCCGUCAUCUGGAAUUCCUCUCUGACAGUUUUGAUGGGGGCUCCAAUCAGGUCCUUGGAGUGUUAAGUCAAGACAAUAUUAUGAGAUUUAUCAAUAUAGAAACAUGCAAACUUCUUUUUGACAUUGGGAGUCAUGAAGAGGGAAUUAGUACAGCAGCAAUUAGCCCCAACGGACGGUAUAUUGCAUCAGUAAUGGAAAAUGGUAGCCUUAAUAUAUACAGUGUCCAAGCUUUGACUCAAGAAGUAAAUAAGCCUCCACCACCCAUGUUCACGGUAGCAGAAGAUUGGUCUAAGUGCACGUCAGAGGCAAAUAAACUGACAAUGAGAGUAACUUCAGGAACGUCAGAGCAGCCUUGGAAAUCCAAAGGAAGCAAAAUUCAAACCAGUUUGCUAAAACCGCAAGUGAACACAUCACUUGAAAAUAAAGAGAACGAGUUGUCAGGUGGAUUAAACAAGAAACGUCUGCGGGCCUUACUGAAAGGAUUUGGAGAAUAUCCAGCAAAGUACAGGAUGUUUAUUUGGCGUUCCUUGUUACAACUUCCUGAAAACCACUUAGCAUUCAGUAGCCUAAUAGAUAAGGGUACCCACAGUGCCUUUGUGAAUAUUCAAAAUGAGUACCCCAUCAAAAGUAGGAAACUUCUGAGAAUUUUACAGAGGACCUUAUCAGCUCUAGCUCACUGGUCUGCUAUCUUUGCUGAGACGCCUUAUAUUCCUUUGCUAGCAUUCCCAUUUGUAAAAUUGUUCCAGCACAACCAGCUGGUCUGCUUUGAAGUUGUUGCUACAGUAGUAGUUAAUUUUUGUCAGCACUGGUUUGAGUAUUUUCCCAAUCCUCCAGUUAAUGUCCUUAGUAUGAUGGAAAACGUUUUGGCACAUCAUGACAAAGAACUCCUUCAGCAUUUAAUAAAGUACAGCGUGACUUCACAGGUUUAUGCUUGGCCUCUUCUAGAAACACUGUUCUCUGAGGUUCUAACAAGAGAAGAAUGGCUGAAGGUCUUUGACAAUAUCUUCUCCAACCAUCCUUCGUACUUGCUCAUGAUUGUCGUUGCCUAUAUUAUAUGCUGCAGAGCUCCCUUGCUUCGCUGUAAUCGAACAGCGGAUUUUGAG